AUCACACAUUCUUCUCUCAGCCAAUCAGCUUCAGUGGUGUGUCAGACUCUCCCACGCAGUUUGGCAAAUCCAUCAAUCAUUGCAUGGUUGCCAAGGAGGCAAGUUUCUUAGCAACAUUUCCUGCUUCCUGCCUGCCCCCAGCGUCCAUAGCAACAAAGAUAACAAACCCUCUCUUGCUUUCCCCCCACCAGGGAUCAGUGGGACAUAUUUUGGUGAAGGAGAGUCCUAGCUACUGAAAAUGUCUGAAGAGGAUCUUGAAGAGGACUAUGAUGAUGAAGAACAGAAGGAAGAUGAUGAGAAAUUGGGAGAAGAUGAGGAUGAGAAGGAAGCAGUCGAGGAAGAAGAAGAAGAGCACCCCGUCUCUAACCCUCUCACUGAGGAUCACUUCAAGGAAGGCCUCUCGCUUUUGAGUAAAACGGGCAACGGCUUGGCUCAUGCCUUUGUGAAGUUUGAGGCCAGAGAGAAGGAGCUGACAGAUAUCACCCUCAUCCAGAGCUUCAUCCACUUGCGCUAUGUAGACCUGUCGGACAACCUGCUUCAAGACCUGUCCCCCUUGUCAUGCCUCACACACUUACUUUGGCUGAAAGUGGACAACAAUCGGCUGACCAGUGCUGCCCUAGAUGAACUGCCGUACCUCCAGAUUGCCAGUUUUGCCAACAACCACAUCAAAGACACCUGUGGCAUUAAUCACCCGCGCCUGGCCAGCCUCAGUCUGAAAGGGAACGAGAUUGAGGUAAUAUCAGGACUGGAUCCAGUCAAGCUUUCAAAUCUGCACACACUUGAGUUGCGGAGUAACAGCCUCAAGUCUACAGCAGGACUCCAGUUGCCAAAGCUGAAAACUCUGUACCUGGCUCAGAACUCCAUUACCCAGAUAGAAGGCAUGGAGAAUAUGACUCAACUCACAACCCUGCACCUCCGAGACAAUCUGCUUGAACAUCUGGACGGCUUCUCGGAAAGCUUGACAUCUCUUCAGUAUGUCAACCUACGGGGGAAUGCAGUUUCCAACAUCCAGGAAGUGGCUAAGCUUCAAAAGCUGCCCCUCUUAAGGGCCCUGGUCUUACUGGACAACCCGUGUAUGGACGAGGGAGACUACCGUAUGGAGACACUGGUGCUGCUCCCACGCCUCGAGCGCCUCGACAAGGAUUUCUUCGAGGAGGACGAACGGCUCGAUGCAGAAGACGUCCGGCAGAGGCGUCGGGAAGAAGAACUGGAGCUGGAGAGAGAGAGGGAGCGCGAGAAGGAACUGGAACUAGAGCUGGAGGAGGAGAUCCCGGAACCUGCCGACUGAUGCCCGCCUGGGGUCCCGUCCCCAGAUUCUGCCUGGCCCAGGGGGCACCGUCGCAGCCAGUCGUCGCGCCCUGAGCCCCAGGAAGUCGUGCGGGGAGGGGGAGGGGAUGCUCCCCGGAGUUUAGGGCUCGGGCUCUGCCCCGGGGAAGGCUGCAGGCCGAGGAAGGGGCUUUGAGGGUGGCGCAGACUCGUCGGGGCGCGGCCCAGGGUUGACGGGUGGGACGGGGCUGCCCUCCCCCCCCCCCUCCUGGAGUUGUGAGUUGAUGCACCGCCAGAUUAAUAAAAGCAUCUCCGCGGCG